UAGAGGACACACGGUGAGGGCAUGGAAAAGGAAAAUGCAACAUUGUUGACGGAGUUUGUUCUCACAGGACUUACACAUCAACCACAGUGGAAAAUCCCCCUGUUCCUGAUGUUCUUAGUGAUGUAUCUUGUCACCCUCAUGGGGAACCUCGGUCUGAUUGCUCUCAUUUGGAAUGACCCUCACCUUCACAUCCCCAUGUAUUUUUUUCUUGGGAGUUUAGCCUUUGUGGAUGCUUGGAUAUCUUCCACAGUGACUCCCAACAUGCUGGUCAACUUCUUCACUGAGAGUCAGAUGAUAUCUCUCUUUGAGUGCAAGAUACAAUUUUUUUCUUUUGCAGUCAGUGUAACCACGGAAUGUUUUCUCCUGGCAGCAAUGGCGUAUGAUCGCUAUGUAGCCAUAUGCAAACCUUUACUCUACCCAGUGAUUAUGAACAACACACUGUGCAUCUGGCUAUUAGUCUUGUCUUUUGUCGGUGGCUUUCUUCAUGCCGUACUUCAUGAAGGAUUUUUGUUCAGAUUAACUUUCUGUAAUUCCAACAUAGUACAUCACUUUUACUGUGAUAUUGUUCCAUUGUUAAAGAUUUCCUGCACUGAUCCUUCUAUUAAUUUUCUAAUGAUUUUUAUUUUCUCAGGUUCAAUUCAAGUAUUCAGCAUUGUGACAGUUCUUGUCUCUUAUACAUUUGUUCUCUUUACAAUCUUAAAAAAGAAAUCCCUCAAAGGCAUAAGGAAAGCCUUCUCCACCUGUGGGGCUCAUCUCCUAUCUGUGUCUUUAUAUUAUGGCCCUCUUCUCUUCAUGUAUGUAAGUCCUCGAUCGCCACAAGCUGAUGAUCAAGAUAUGAUGAACUCUGUAUUUUACAUGAUCAUAAUUCCUUUGUUAAAUCCCAUUAUCUAUAGUCUUAGAAAUAAGCAAGUCAUAGAUUCACUCACAAAACUCUUAAAAGGAAAUGGUUAG